GAGCAUAAAGCAGCGAUGAUGUUAGGCUGCCCACAUGCUCUCUGGACAGAACCUGGAUUCAUGUGUUUUAUGAUGUCAUGGAUUCUAAGGAAAGGUGGUGUGGUGGAUCUUGUAGCCUUGGGAGCUGCCCGAAGGAUGAGAUGGUUGGUCCUCUCUGUUCUGGUUCUUGCUGCAUUCCAGCCCACCCAUAACGCAACCGUCAGCAAUUGCGAUGGCAUCUGCGGAAGACGACCCAUGGCAAGCAGCCAUAAGUUGAUGCGUAUUAUGGGCGGCAGCGAUGUUCUUCCAGGGACGUGGCCCUGGAUGGUUAGCAUCCAGACAAAAGUACGAGGGAACGUCUACUUUCCUAGCUGCGGAGGUUCGCUCAUUGGCCCCCAAUGGGUCCUCAGUGCAGUCCACUGCUUCCAAAAACCAAAAGACCAGUACAAGCUUGUUCUUGGCUCCAACCGGAUCAAGAAGCUGGGCCCCGAGGCCGAGCAGCGCUUCAUUAAGAGGCUGGUGAAACAUGAGAAGUAUGACAACCAGCUGAAUCAAGGAGAGGUGGUGUUUGCAGACAUCGCCUUGUUGGAGAUGGACGAGCCCGUCAACUGCAGCGACUACAUCCAGCCAGCCUGCCUGCCUGAUGAAAGAAUGGAGGUUUUGACGCUCGGCCAUUGCUACGUCAGUGGCUGGGGCGGCCUGCUGCCAAAAGAUUCCACCCCUCCUGACAUCAUGCAAGAAGGGGCGACGACUAUCUACACUAGAAUCCAAUGUGGGAUGCGGUGGGGCAGGAGGAUCCCUACACAGAACGUCUGUGCCGGACACGAAGAAGGAACAAUUUCAAUCUGCAGGGGUGACAGCGGAGGCCCCCUGAUGUGCAGGGAAGAGAGGUCUGAGCGCUACUGGGUGAUUGGAGUGGCCAGUUUCGGACCGGUGUACUGCGGCACAGCGAAGGUGCCAAGCGUCUUCAUUUCCACGCAGUACUAUCUGGACUGGAUCCAAAGGACCACUAAGCUGCAGCUCUCAGUUCCCACACACACCCCGCUGCUGGCGCAGACCCAGGCCACAACAACGCGCAAGACCAGGACUUUACCUACAGCGGCCAGGCCAAGACCCCACAGGCCUCCCUGGGUGAGGCCCCCACAGUGGGGUGUGAGGCCUCCUCCCCAGGUGCAGACCACAAGGUCCUCCUUCCCUCCCUGGAUGAGGGAGAACUAUUUUUGGGGUAACCGGAGGCCUGGCCGCAGGACUAGGUACAGACCGCAGCAGUCCGGGCCCCGGAUGGCACCUCGAAGUCAGUUCGCAGAUCCACCAGGGUACUACCCUGGCUCCGAAGACUACUACGAUCUACUUGUGCCCUCAGGGGAGCAGGAUUGAGAGGGGCAGCUGGGGCAGGGGGCAGGCAUUAUGAAGCAGAGGGGCAGGUUAGAGCCCACCAUGAUAAGCAUCAGAUAUUCUAUAGAAUAAUAAAAUGGAGAUGGUUUGAGCAAGCUGCUUGGGAUUUGGCAAUGGGUCUUUGUGUCUUUCACACCAUCAUCUCACCAAAUCUCAGAGAGAUGUGUGGGGAAAUGGCCAAAUCCAGAGCCAUAUUCUCCUACUUGUGUUCAUAAUUCCUCCAGAUCUUUCUUUCCAUUAAAUGGAAGUGGUAGAAAAAGAAAAAGAAAACAAGAAAGAAGGGAAGGGAAGGGAAGGAUGAAGGAUAUUCCACGUUUAAGAAUUCCACAAUGUAUUUUACAACAAAUUAGAAACACUUUAUAUUUCACAUUUUACAGUUUAUACUCCAAAACUAUUGCAGUUAAUUUAUUACCCCAAAAGAGUUUGCAACGUGGAAUGCUCACCCAAAGGAAACAUGGCUCAGCAAAUGACCUGCUAUAAAACCAUUAAGACACUUUCCAGUCUCCCAGGCCUAAUCAAUCACCUACUCCUUUAAGAUAGGACUACAGCUUAUUUUACCACUGUUAGUAGGCAAAUAUAAACGUCCCCUGCAUACCAGUAAAACCACUGCCAGCUGCCAGCCCCUCUAGGUUCUCCAUACCUCCCAAUGCUGCAUCUGCACCAACCACUGACAGCCAUCUCCAGAAUCAAGCCUCUUCCGGCUUCUCAGCACUGCAAGGCUGUUCCACAAUAGCUACCCAGCUCAUAAAUCACCACGGCCGGCAUCCACUUCAGCUGCUUCACCACUGCUGCCCAGGCAUGGAGACUCUCCAGGUCCUCCUCACCCUCCAGCAUUUUGGUGCAGCUACUCCUUUGCUCAUUCACAGCAAACACUCUGGCACUGCACAACCAGAUCUCCUCAGCACUCUGCUCAGCCUCAGGAACCCAUCAGCACAUCAAAAGAACUUUCUGGGCCCAUAACCUGUCAAUAAAUUCUACUCAAUAUUGAUCCAGAGCAGAAUUCUGACCUAUAGUUAGCAGAGUAAAAACUUAAACACUUUGCAGGAUUCCAAAAAAAUAGACCAGAGGCAAUUAAUAUUUCAUCCAGCAGAGCUUUACUGCUACGGAAGGCAAAUGAGCAUCAUGGUCACAAAUCCAAUACAUUCACUGUCCAUAAGAAAUCCAGUUGCUGUAGACUUAACUUAUAAAAACUUAUAAGUCUAAACCUUAACAGUGUAUACAGAACACCACACUAGAAGGAAGAGAGACAGAAAGAGAAAGUGAAACCUAGGCUCCUUCUGUCCUUCCUUUUAUAGUCAGCAUGACCUUGAAGAAGAGAUAAAAAAACCUGUUUAAGCCAGCUGUACUCAACUUUUAUGAAGGAAUAACCCAAACAUCAUGAAUCUUCUGAAGCUACCAAAACCCUCUUGAAUUAAAUAGAAUAGGAAAGAUCUCUACACAUCAGAUCAAUACUUUCUGCACUAAGAAACGCAAACUGACACCCCACCCCCAAAUCCUAGGAAUGAAUAAAGGCUGGGAUUUUGAUUAAUUGGGAUAUGGGUUAAAGGGACAAUCUGCAGAGCUGUGCCAGACAGGAAAUUUCUGGGCUGGGUUAUGCAAACCAGCCUGGCUGACUUAGGGAACAGCAAACCUGUUAACAUGACAAAAAGUGUCAAUAGGCCAUUGGAGAGAAUCCUUUCACUUGGGGAGAGAGACCUGACCAAAGUGAUGGUGUGUGUUUGAGGGGACAGGAAAAGGAAGAUAUUUGAGCAAGGUCUGUUGGGAAAGAGAAGAAGGGAGAAGAGCUGAGAUCCAUCUUGGGCAGGCUGGCAGACGGUUGCCUACGUUGCUGCCUCUGGAAAUGUGUACGCCGUAAGAUCUGGACUCCCUCCAUGUAGACUAGAGGUGUGACCAGGUAAAUAAAUUAUA